CUUCUUCUUUGCAGCCCCAGAAGAAGGGGUGACUGUGGCAGAUCAGGAGCUGUCAGGACCAUUGGGGCAGCCCAGAUGAUGGACCAGACCAUGGUCUAUGCUGACCUGAAGUUUGCUACGGCCCCACCAGUCACCACCCCCACCUGCCCCACAGCCCCUGAUGAGGAUGACAGCCCCUACGAGAACCUGCUGCUGGGGCCUGUGCCCACGGUGCCCAGCCCAGACUGGCAGGUCACCCAAAGCCUGCAAGCUGCCUCCCGGGAGCACGCGGCCGAGCAGGGCCGCCUGUCGCAGGAGGUGAGCGCGAGGGAGCAGAGCCUGGAGCAGACACGCGUGGAGCUGGCGUGGGCCAGAGCGGAGCUGCAGAGAGCGUGGCAGGAGGGCAACAGCAGCCAGAAGGAGCUGGGGAGCCGGGAUGCUGAGCUGGGGCGUGCCAGGCAAGAGCUGACUGUGCUGCAGCAGGAGACGCAGGAGCUGCGGGGAGCGCUCAGGGACAGCAACAGCACUGUGAACAUCCUGCGUGCCUGCGUGAAUACAGAUUGCUGCCCCUCAGGCUGGGUACUCUACAGGAGUAAGUGCCUCUUCAUCUCCAUGCAGAAGAAGACUUGGUUCGAGAGCUCUGAGGACUGCAGAAAGAAAUCUGCUCACCUGCUGGUCCAAGGCAGCUGGCCACCAUGGACGGUGCCGGUACUGAGCAUGGGGGCAGCAACACCCCAGAAGUGUGGGAUGAUGAUGGGUUGGGCAGACACUGUGGGGCCAGUGGACAGAGGCAUCUGCAGAGAUGCUGGGGUGGCACCAUGAACCCUGGGUGCCCGUCCCAGGAGACUGUAGAGAUGAGCACAACCAGGCCCAGGGCUCCUGCACAUCACAGGGAUGCACGGACCCAGCAGUUAACAGCUUCUCUCCCGAGAGGAUUUUGUGCAGGAGUACUGGAUUGGAUAGUUUCUUCUGCCCUGAAGAGUAGUCUUCUAUGGCAGGACAACAAGCAGUUCAACCCAUAAGUGGAGCAGACCUGCAGCUCCCUCCUUCAGCAAUGUUGGGGAGGUCCUGUUUCACUCCUAUGAGGCCAUCCUGGCAAAGAGGGCUAUGCUCCAAUGAGCAAUGCCCUGAGAGAGGACACUCUGCGUAGAGCCCACCUGCAGGGUGCACUGCCAGGUCUGCAACUGGCACAGGACGUGAUCAUGCGGAAGAAAGCGGCCCUUCCUAAGACUGGUCCCAGUGCCAGGCACCCUGCCUGUCUCAGUAGCAGUGGGAUCCGUGGGAAGAGAUGUCCACAGUGAGGAUGCUGUCACUGCCCCUCUGAGAUGUGCCCUGUUUCCUAGGAAGAGCCGUCUUGCAAACUGCAGGCUAUCAGCUAACGGGAGUAUAGAGAGUUUGAAGUGCACCAAGAAGUACCAGUGGAUCUGUGAGCAGCCCCCGAAGCUGAGCAUCUGAGACCCUCCUUCCAUUCUCAGUCAAGAACUGACUAGACUGUCACCCCACUUUGUCACAGGACUCAGAGACAGGACCAGCGGGUGCACCCUGAGACCCUCUCUCCUGGGCACACGUUGCUUCAACUGUGAUGCAAAUCUCUGGGAAAGACUGUCUGCAUUUGAAAGCAAGGCUCAUGGAAAACAUACCUUAUUACCCUCUCUGACACUCAUGCAUACACUUAUAUAACCUUGGACUGGUCCUCUGCAUGUCCCCGUGUGCCCUGGACAGUGCAGCUCACGGUGA